AUUUCGGAAGAGAGUAUCACAUAUGAUUCUCUUCAAUAUCUUACUGUCUUUAAGCAUGAGGAUCUCUCUCUUAGAUGAAAGCAUAAAAAGGAAACAAUUUUGUUGAUUCCAUUUAUAUGAUGCGUGCUAUGUUAAUCAAAUUAUUUGUAAUAGAGCGGCUGAUACCCUGACUUCACUUAGGACGCUUGGCCUAAUCAGUUUCAAUCAUUUAGGAAUUGGCUUCCUAGCUCUCAAUUCAGGCUUUUACUUAUCUUUGAUUGUAAUUCAUUUUAAUUAAUGAAAUUAUUCUUUAAAAAAUAAAAGAAAGCUCAAGAUGAGAAUAUAGCAUAUGUUUGUGAGAGGCAAAAGUCAAAGCAACUGUUCCCUGCUCUGGAAAAGCACCCUAUAAAAUAAGAACAAAUGUUAGAUUAGGCUUUUUAAAAUUCCCACUUGACAACACUUCUAGACAGAAAAAACUUAUAUAAAAGUAUAAACAACUGAAAACAGAAAGAGUAGAUACAAAAAGUAGAAUAAUACUAAACUAACUAUACCUACUCUGCAGUAAAGUGAGAGCUUGCUUUCUCUGCAACCAUGGGAACUUCUGCACUUUCUAAACUUCUCUUCAUAACAAACAUUCUCUUGAUGUUAUCACUCUUUGUUUCUCCCCAUCUGCAAACUAUUAGAGAGAGCUUUGAUCCAUCCCCACUUCCUGUCAACUUUCUUUUCGGCACUGCCUCCUCUUCUUAUCAGUUUGAAGGUGCUUAUUUAGAUGAUGGUAAAGGGUUGAGCAAUUGGGAUGUUUUCGCACACAAACCAGGUGUCAUAAUUGAUGGAAGCAAUGGAGAUGUUGCAUUGGAUCAUUAUCAUCGAUAUCUUGAAGACAUUGACUUGAUGGAUUCUCUUGGAGUCAAUAGCUACCGAUUCUCAAUUUCAUGGGCUCGAAUUUUACCUAAAGGAAGAUUUGGAGAUGUCAAUGAGGCCGGGAUCAACUUUUAUAAUGAACUCAUUGAUGCUCUUCUUCUUAAAGGUAUUGAACCGUUUGUAACGUUAACUCACUACGAUAUCCCUCAAGAACUUGAGGAAAGAUAUGGAAGUUGGCUAAGCCCCAAUUUGCAGGAAGAUUUUGUAUAUUUUGCAGACAUAUGCUUUAGAUCCUUUGGAGGCAGGGUGAAAUACUGGGUUACCUUCAACGAGCCUAACUUAGUAGCCUUAUACGGUUAUCGUACAGGUGAGUAUCCACCAGCACGUUGUUCAAGCCCGUUUGGAAACUGUACUGAUGGGGAUUCAGAGAAGGAACCGCUCAUAGCAGCACAUAAUAUUAUCCUAUCACAUGCAGCUGCUGUAGAUAUUUACAGAAGGAAGUACCAGAAGGAGCAAGGAGGUAUUAUUGGAAUUGUCCUACUUGCCAUAUGGUUUGAGCCCAUCAGUAACUCCACAGCAGAUAAGUUGGCCUCUGAAAGAGCUCAAUCCUUCCUUGUGAACUGGUUCUUGGACCCAAUUAUAUAUGGAAAAUAUCCUGCAGAGAUGAUUGAAGUUCUCGGACCAAUGUUGCCGGAAUUUUCAGGCAAUGACAAAGAAAAACUGAAGAAUGGACUGGACUUCAUUGGCAUCAACCAUUACAGUAGUUUCUAUGUCCAAGAUUGUUUAUACUCUUCAUGUGAGCCUCAGCUAGGAACUUCUAAAGUAGCAGGUUCCUAUGGAGUUGCUUCAGAAAAGAAUGGUGUACCAAUUGGGGAACUUACUACAUUGUCGUGGUUAAACGUUUAUCCACAAGGAAUGCAAAGGAUUAUCACAUAUGUUAAAGAAAGAUACAACAAUAUCCCUAUGUUCAUCACAGAAAAUGGUUAUGGUGAGGUGAGUUAUCCAAAUUCCACAAUUGAAGAGCAUGUGAAUGACUUUAAAAGAAUGGAGUACAUGUCUGAAUACUUAGAUGCCCUCUUGUCAACAAUCAGGGAAGGAGCAGAUGUGAGGGGCUAUUUUGCCUGGUCCUUGCUUGACAACUUUGAGUGGACAAGUGGUUAUACAGUGAGGUUUGGACUCUACUAUAUUGAUUACAGCACACUGAGUAGAACUCCAAAGUUAUCAGCAACUUGGUACAAAGAGUACAUUGCAAAGUAUAUUGCACUAAAAUCCCAGAUGCCAGAAAGGUAUAAAUGACAUCCUUUGUAUGUUGAAAGCACUGGAACUAUCUUGUACAGAAGUAGUCACAAAUGUCCUUAUUUAAUGCUUUUACUGAGAUUUGAAGAUAUUAAUUGAUUA